AUGGGCGACAUCGCAUCUGAACUACCCUCCAAGAGAAAGUGUCUCGGAGUCGACUGUGACAAUGAAGCGGAAGCCUUGCAGUGUCCGACAUGUUUGAAGUUGGGCAUGAAAGACAGCUAUUUUUGUUCCCAAGAUUGCUUCAAAAAGAAUUGGGCCCAACACAAGACCGUCCACAGGACGGCGCAAGGCAAGACAGGACUUUAUAAUCCUUUUCCGACCUACUCUUUUACCGGUUCGGUUCGACCGGUCUAUCCACUGUCUCCAACGCGCACCCUUCCUAAGUCGAUCAGACGCCCUGACUGGUCUGAGACCGGCAUCCCCAAGGGCGAACGGCGCUUGCAUCGAUCAAAGAUUGAAAUUCUCGAUGCCAAGGGACAGGAGGCUAUGCGCAAAGUGUGUCGCUUAGCUCGGGAAGUACUAGAUAUCACCGCAGCAGAGGUCCGGCCGGGAGUUACCACGGAUUACCUGGACGAGGUCUGUCACAAGGCUUGCGUCGAACGGAAUGCCUACCCGUCGCCGUUGAACUACAAUCAUUUCCCGAAAUCGCUAUGUACAUCUCCGAACGAGGUGGUUUGCCACGGGAUUCCGGAUCAGCGAAUCCUUCUCGACGGCGAUAUACUCAAUCUCGACAUCUCGUUAUACCACGGGGGCUACCACGCCGAUGUGAACGAAACGUAUUACGUGGGCGAUCGAGCCAAGGCCGACCCUGACUCGGUCCGAGUGAUAGAAACUACCCGAGAGUGCUUGGAUAUGGCAAUCGAGCUCGUGAAGCCGGGCACCCUCUUUCGAGACUUUGGCAAGGUGAUUGAGAAACAUGCCAAGUCCCGAAAUUGUAGCGUCCACGCGACCUGGGGUGGCCAUGGUAUCAACACCGAAUUCCACCCACCGCCGUGGAUCCCUCAUUAUGCGAACAGCAAGGUGCCCGGAGCAUGCAAACCCGGGAUGGCUUUCACGAUCGAGCCCAUUCUGACGCUGGGAAAACCUCGGGAAAUUUAUUGGCCCGAUGACUGGACGAACGUGACGGUGGAUGGCAAACGGACGGCGCAAUUUGAACACACCUUAUUGGUCACCGAAACCGGGGUCGAGGUCUUGACUGCGAGACUGGAAGAUUCUCCAGGAGGCCCGAUUCCCAUCCCGACGACCGACAACAGUAUUAACGUAUAG